AUGCCUCAAACGACAUAUUUUCCAUGGAAACGGCACUUCGACCAAAUAAUGGAUGAUAUCGACUAUGGAGAUGCAAGCAGAUAUGAGAAUGAUGCUGCCAUCGAAAUGGCGUGGGCCACGAAGGCCGCUGAGCGAGCUAACGUCCACAUGAAUCUUCUUAUGUGCUGCGACACGAGGGCACUUAGAUUGAACAAACUUCAAGAUGUCAUCCACACGUCUUUCAGAAAUGCUUUCCCAGAUUUGGAUGUGCACAAGGUUACAGAAGUCGAACUCAAACAAGGUGGCAUGAAGGAGAAGUGGCACGACUUUUGCGAAUAUUUUAAGGAGCUCGUGGAGGACUAUUCAUUGGGCACUUUGAUGCGCAUGGAAGCCUGUAAAUGUUACAGCGAAGAGAAUACCAUAGUUGUUCCCAAGAUAAUAUAUCUGGCUGUCGAGAUUGCUAGAAAUAUUGAAGGAAUCAAUGAGAAGUUCAAAUUAGAGUUCACAGAAGAUCACAAAAGAAAUGGAGCCGUUUUAUAGCAGUGAUCGUUAUAUAUAUCGAUCUUUCUGCGUUUUCAACUCAGGAUUACUGGUUUUUCGUUAGGAAACUUACCGUGUUGACUUAUAUUGAUAAGCCCCAAAAAUUUCCUUUUUGCCAUGUACCCGAUGAGAUCCUGUGAUGCUAUCUGCGAUUUUUUUGUAAUUCAUCUCCUAGUUGCAACUGGAGUGCUUUUCGAGAUUAAAGAGCCGAGAUUCAUAUCCAUUCUCUCAGAAUCUUUGGACUUACAUAUUUAUCUAAAGACUUUGUUUUUGAAACCGUUGCUCUUGUUCUUGUUUGCUGAACACUUAUCAAUUCCCAUUUGCCUUUCCGCCUCCUCAAUUAGCAUCUUCAUAAUCUGCUCUUGCUUUGUUGCUUCCUAUCAGAUUCAUAAACUCAUAAAUUCAAA